UACAACGAAGUGGCAACACCGACAAAUGGUGGGAGAGAAAGCAUAAGUUGUCCAAGUCACUGAUCAGUGUGAACUAGUGUUAUCGGCCCUUUCAACCCGUAGUACGGUCGUUUUGCAGGAUUCACUUUGCAUAGUGUUCCGGUUGCCACCCUCUUACCGGAUUUCAGUUCCCUCAAACCGGCAGCUCAGCAGACACUUCCAGUUUCACCAGCGAUUGUGUUUUUGUUGUUGUUCUUCUUCUCUUUUAGCUAUUUGUUCGUUUCUUUUGUUUUGGGUUCAGUUUUAUUUUAUUUUAUUUGGGUGUGCGUGUGUCCGCGUAUUGUGUGUUUUGACUUUUAACCUCGCUGGACCACACAUGACACACUCCGGACACGAUGGACGAUAGCGGCAAACGGCUUGGAACACGGGUAUUCAAGAAGAGCUCCCCGAACGGCAAGAUCACGGUGUACUUGGGGAAACGGGAUUUCGUCGACCAUGUUAGCCACGUGGAACCGAUAGAUGGCGUUGUACUAGUGGAUGCGGAUUACAUCAAAGAUCGUAAAGUCUUUGGCCACGUCUUAGCCGCCUUCCGCUAUGGACGCGAAGAUUUGGACGUUCUCGGACUUACAUUCCGCAAAGACCUGUACCUGGCUUCAUCACAAAUCUUCCCACACGAGCCGACCAAUAAGCGCCCACCAACCAGGUUGCAGGAGCGAUUGCUCAAAAAGCUUGGACCCAAUGCUUAUCCGUUUUUCUUUGAACUGCCGCCCCACUGCCCAGCGUCUGUCACCUUGCAGCCAGCGCCCGGCGACAUGGGCAAACCGUGCGGAGUCGACUACGAACUCAAAUGCUUUGUCGGUGAAACACACGAGGACAAACCACACAAAAGAAACUCUGUCCGAUUGGCUAUCCGGAAGAUCAUGUAUGCUCCCAGUAAACAGGGCGAACAGCCGUCAGUGGAAGUGAGCAAAGAGUUCAUGAUGAGUCCCAACAAGUUGCACCUUGAAGCCUCUCUUGAUAAAGAGCUGUACUACCAUGGCGAAACUGUCGCUGUCAACGUUCACAUACAAAACAAUUCAAACAAAAGUGUCAAGAAAGUGAAAGUAUCUGUUCGCCAGUUUGCAGAUAUAUGCCUUUUCUCUACGGCGCAGUACAAAUGCACGGUUGCCGAGCUGGAGAGCGACAGGGAGAGUUGCCCCGUGGGACCUGGCUUUACUCUUUCUAAAAUCUACUACCUUACGCCCCUCUUAGCCAACAAUAAGGACAAACGGGGACUGGCGCUGGAUGGACAACUAAAGCAUGAAGACACCAACCUGGCUUCCUCUACCAUUUUGACAGAACCUGUGCAAAAAGAAAAUCUUGGCAUCAUCGUGCAGUACAAAGUGAAAGUUAAGCUCUGCCUGGGAGCUUUGGGCGGGGAUUUGGUCGCUGAGCUGCCGUUCAUUUUAAUGCAUUCGAAACCACCAGAAGAUAGCCCCCCACUAAGUCGCCCUCCAACAGCCGUGGCGAGUCCCAAAAAAGAUCCAGAUGAUGGCGUGGCUGUUGAUACCAACCUCAUCCAACUUGACGCUGAAGUGACGGCUUGCAAUCCGGAACAGGACGAUGACAUUGUUUUCGAGGAUUUUGCCCGACUGAGACUAAAAGGGGAAACGGAAGCAUGAGUAUGUGCUUAUGGUGUUUUAAUGCAAUUGACAGCCAAAGCCAUGCUGAUAUUUACAUAAAAAGGUAAACGGAUAGUGGAGGUUGGCGCUUGACUUUUCGCUCAUCUUAAGAUAUUUUUUUCCUCUUAUUUUCAUCUUUUAAAUCCUGAUUGUAUUUUUGGAGGUAUGGGUGGGUGGGGGGGUUAUCACCUCUUUUUGCUGACUUGAGAUUCCUAUUAUAGAAAACAAACCGCUUUAAAAUCAAGCCUCUGAUUUUUCUGGAUUCAUUCCCGCUUUUCUUUUAUCACAUCUGACAUUUCGGUAGUGUCAUAGAUUAUGCUGUAGUUGUAUCCAUUGCCGCACCGGUCAAAAUUGAUCUUGCCAACGGGGCAUGUCAUCAGUGUGAAAUGAAAUUUAUGUUAGGCUGCAAAUCGCGCCCCGUUUCCCUAUCUUACCUCUUUCGUUUCCAGAUUGCACUCCUUUGAUAUUUUAAUUUAAAAAAGAAAGAUUGUCAUCAGCAGCAGGGUAUGCUUUGGAUUUUACAGACUAUCCGAGUCAUUGGACAAUUGAGGACUGUAAAGUCACGCAACACAUUUGAACUGAUGCGUCUGUUUCAGCGUCCCAAGAGCAAAUCGCUUGCUUUUCUGUAUUGAACUGCGCUAUUCAAUGUUUCGCAAUUAUGUACCUAUAAUUAUUUAAAAAAACGUAAAAGAAAAAAAAAAGAAAAUCGAUUGGGGACAAAACAGGAUCAAACCACAAUUACGUGGUAAGGCAUGCUUUAAAGGAGGAAAUGUCCGGGAAGUUUUUGUAAUUGCUUUUUCAACCCCUUUUUAUUCGUAUCACCGAAAAUUUCAUGGGUGAAGAUACUAGAGAUCAGAUUUGCGGGAGGAAACGGUAACAAACUAGAAGAGCGUACGUGCAAUGCAAAACCGUGCAUUGACAUGAAUGCUCCUCAAUCUCUUUCGUAGUCGAUGGUUUCUAAAGGUCUGACCGGACACUUCCUGUUUAUUUUUUUUUCGUUGUUUGUUUUUUGUCACCUUUUUGUAAACCAUCCAAUGAUCCGAUUUGUUUUAUCUGAUUACUGCUGAGGUUGCCAAUUCUCGAGUCCUCCCACAGACAACAGUAUCCGAAUCAACCAAACCGAACACUUGACUGUAUCGAUGUUUCUAUCCUCGAUUUUCUUUUCGUAUUUGUAUUUUUUAUCAUGAUGACUGUGUCUGUAAAAAUAAAAAAAUCUUGUGGUGAAUAAAAUUCGCCUUAUUUA